AUGCGUUUAUCCAGCUUUCUGCUGGCCGCUGGUCUUUCCAGCUCUGCCUUUGCAGUGGAGGCAUCGCUGGAUCCUUGGGAAAUUGACCCUAGCUGCAAUGGCUUCGAGAACGACAUCAAGGACGCUCUGACGCAGUCGAUUGAUCUCGCUGAUGCUGCCAGAACCAGUCUCGAGUUUCUUCUUGCAAAAAUGCCGGACCGAAACUCUGAUCCCGACGGGGCAGUGAAGUGGGCGCGUAUUUCAUCGGCUGCUAAUAGCAUCUUUGGUCUUAUGCCUAACUACAAGGGCCACGAUGCUGAGACUCAAAAGUACAUUGAGGAUUUGAGAGACAUCUUUGCUAAGACGGCCAACACUCUUCCCUCAUCUCAGAAUAACCCCGCCAAAGGCUUCAGCCCAAUCCUAUCCCAGAAGCCCAACGCUAAGCCCUUGAUGGUCUGCGGCGACGAUGUCUUCCAAUGGUACGACGUUGAUGACGAGCCUGAGCCUGGUGUAGGCAAGGUCAGAGACCAACCAGCCGUGAGCCGCUACAUCCAGGGUGGCGGCACAAUCGCAGGUGCCUUUUAUUACGCCAACGUUGGGACUUUAGACAGACCAAGGCAGCUUCCGUCGGACACUGCAUCGGCAACCGAGAGGCUGUGA